GCGUUCCUGUUUGGCUUCAAUGAGGGAAGAAGAUAGAGGAUUAUUUACGAGCCGCAGUGAGGGGAGGGGGAAGAAAAGACCUCACCUCGCCAUGUCAUUAAAAUAUCCCUGAACAAGCGCGCUGCUGUUUCCACGGGGACAUCCUCGGACUGACAAAUUCAAAAUAAAUUUAAAAAAAACCCAAAAGCACGUCGGUCUCCUCUAAGCCGCGCACCAACUGGGAUGCUCUGGCGUUAGCUUGCUGUUAGCUUCCCCGCUGCUAGCUUCCCCGGACAGCUACGCUCUCCAACGACGGGACCGCGCGCACCUGAUUCAGCCUGGUCCCAGUGCCUUGACCGAGAGAUGAGGUGGAUUGAGACACACACACACCGAAGCUCGAUCUUCAGUCUCAUGCAAAGCUGUACAACACGGCUGACCAGCCUGUGAAGACUCGUAGUGCCUGACAGAGAUAGCAGAAAUAGUGCAUUAUGACAGAAAGCAUUAUGAGUAAAGCUGCCACAAUGGAGAUUCCUAUCAACAGCAACGGUGACACGGGGACACUAGCGGAAGACGACAGCCUCGAACAGGCUGCAAAGCUGCAGUGGAGCUUAGAUGAGAAAGUAGGGAGCUCCAGAGGCACCAGGGACCUACAGCAGGUGAUGGUGUCGGGUCCCAACUUGAAUGAGACCAGCAUUGUAUCGGGCGGGUAUGGAGGAACAGCCGAGGGCAUCAUCCCCACCAGCUCAAUCAAAGGGCCUGCUGUGCGCUACAAUGCAGAGUUUAACAAAAGGAUCCCAGUGACAGGAUUAGGUUCCAACAUGCACCACAGCAGCAGCAGCUCGUCGAUGACAGCGGACGACAUGACCCGUGGCGUGGCUGUGGAAAAACUAGACUCAAUGAAGAAGUGGGGUCUCAACACCUACAAGUGUACAAAGCAAAUGAUCUCCGAGCGGUUCGGUCGGGGCUCCCGGACCGUCGACAUGGAGCUGGAGGCCCAGAUCGAGGUGCUGCGAGACACUAAAAGGAAAUAUGAGAACGUGCUGCGAUUGGCCAGAGCACUGACCAACCACUUCUAUAACAUGGUGCAGACGCAGCAGGCGCUGGGUGACACCUUCGCUGACCUCAGUCAGAAAUCUCCAGAGCUUCGGGAUGAGUUUGGCUUCAAUGCAGAGACUCAGAAGUUGCUGUGUAAGAACGGGGAGACUCUCCUCGGGGCCGUUAACUUCUUUGUGUCCAGCAUCAACACACUAGUCAACAAGACCAUGGAGGACACCUUGAUGACGAUCAAGAUGUAUGAAAAUGCCAGACUGGAGUUCGAUGCCUACCGGUCGGACCUGGAGGAGCUGAGUCUGGGUCCGAGGGACGCUGUGACCAUGGCCCGUAUAGACGCCGCUCAGCAGCAGUACCAAGUGCAUAAGGAGAAGUAUGAACGCUUCCGCUCGGACGUCAUCAUCAAACUCAAGUUCCUGGAGGAGAAUAAGGUGAAGGUGAUGCACAAGCAGCUCCUGCUCUUCCAUAACGCCAUCUCGGCGUACUUUGCUGGCAACCAGCAGCAGCUGGAGCAAACGCUGAAGCAGUUCAACAUAAAGCUGAGGCCUCCGGGGGCAGACAAGCCUUCCUGGUUAGAGGAGCAAUGAGAUGAAGGGGGCCCGCUGGACCUCCUGCAGCCUCCCUCUGGAACCACAUCCACCUGUUAACCUGUUGAAACCCCCAACUUACAGAGGACCACUAUCGAGGGAGAAACCGUGCAGAUCAUUGGGUGGAUGAAGAUACGAGAUGAGCGUGUGCCUGGAUGAUUGGACAGAUGAAUUACAGGGUAUUUGCUGAUGAACGGGCUGAAGGGAUACAGCAGGGAAACAACAACAUGGGGGGGGUGACUUUCCUUUUCUCAAGCUAACCUUCUCCUUGUGCUUCGAUCCCAGAGAAACUGUUCAUCUCCUCCUUCCCUCUCCUCACCCCUUCUCUCAACACUAUUUUACCGUGUGCACUUUUGUUAGUCAUUUUUAUGGCUACUGUUGUUCUCCUCAAGUGCUGAGUUAAAAUUCAACCCCACACCACCUUAGUAACAGAGACCUAGUCAUCAAAACUCCUCCAAACCUCGUCACUCUCCUCGCGUGCCUCCUUAUAUACAAGCCCAAGCUCUAAAUUCCGAAAAAUGUUCAACCUACACAAGAAGGUGAUUUUUGUCGUGCACUGGAAAAAGGAAUGUGCAGACAUUUCCAACUACGUACUGUUUCUCUUUAGAAAUGAAGAACUAAUUAUUUGUAGCCCAUAUAUAUAUAUAUAUAUAUAUAUAUAUAUAUAUAAAAAGACUAUGCUGUGUUUGGUUUAGCGUUUGGUUAAUUUUACCUGUCAUCUUUUUAUUUUCAAAUUAUUUCCGUUCUAGUCGGUCGUAUGUUUUAUUCCUCAGAGUGAAGGAUGGGAAGAUGUUAGGGUUAGUGCUACAGAUUUCAAUUGUAACCUGAAAGUAAUUAGACUUCAACUCUUAAACGCGACGAUCAUUUAGGGAACGUCGCCACAACUACCCAAAGUCAUACCGGUUUGGUUCUUUACUUACUGUAUUUUAUUUGAAUUGAGAGACGUGUGUGACGAUGCCGACCCCCUGAAGUCUGCCAAACAGAGUUUAAUAAUCACUUUGUUAUUUAAUUGUCUAACAGACUAUUUAAAAAAGGACUGCAGUACAUUUUGUUUUCACAUUAAUACAUAAAUACAUUUAAAUGUGUUUUUGCUUAAGCUUGUCUUUUCUCGAUAUCUAGGUUAGAGCCUGACCGAUAUGGAUCUUUCUGGAAUGAUGCGAUAUUGAUAUUGGGGAGUAAAAAAAUCAGUAUAGGUAUUAUUCCUAAGAUGUCGUUAUCAAACCCUUAUGAUGAAGAAAUGCAAUUGAGGCUUGAUAUUUUACAGUUUCACCAUACACCUAAUUAUAAAUAUCAAUAAAUAAAAAGAAAAUGGAAAUAAAACCAAAUAUAUGGAACUUGAAUUAGGAUAAUUAACACAAUUUUUAGUAAGUAAAAUGUAAACACGAAUGCACUUUCCUGCAUUGUCUAUCCUGUAAAAUCAGUUUUCAUUUCGGCACAUAUCAGCAAACAUAAACGCAGAUACCGACAUGUCUGUGAUCAUAUCGGAUGAUUUUUGUCAGCCGGUCACGAUCUUAUCUGAUCUAAUGUCUUUCAUUCCUCCUGAAGCCGAAUACAUAUGUUCGGUUUCCUUUCUUCACACUGAAGAUUACUGAAGCAGUCCACAAUCACUAAUUCUAAUAUUUCAACCUGAAGAUUUGGAUAAUUCAUAAUUUGUUUUAUCUCCUGUAACUCAAACAUUACUCUACUAUAAAGAUAGUAAGCAAUCAUGAAUUGUUUAGAGAGGGUAUUGCUAUGAAAUACUGAAUUUUUAUGGAUGACUUUAUUUAUUACCUUCGUCAUGUAUGUUAAUCUGUUGUAAUCACACUGGAUUGAUACACUGGAACAUGUUUGUUUUGGUUUUUUUGCAAAUUACUAAAUUUGCAGACAAUACACUAACAUUGAAAUACAUAGAAUAUCCAAAUCUGUAAUUGAUCCACUCCAAAAGAAAUUCUAAACGGAUAGAAUUGAGUUUCCUCGUGUCAGACCUCUGUGAAGGAAAAUGAAGAUAAUCCAGUAUAGUGAAUGUUUCACCGCGCUGCAGUAGGCAUCAGUUAAUGUUCGUCCUCCGGCUACUUGACUCCUCUGUAUUUGCAUGGAGAACAGAGAGAUCCAAAGUCUAGGUGCCGAUAUGCGCUGAUGCUCCAGCUCUCGUGGACUGACAUGACGCCUUGAAGCUCUCGGGUUGAAGGAAAGUUACGAAAAGAAAUGGAUUUGAACUUUGAUCAAAAGCAAACAUCACAAAAAAUGAUUUAGUUUUUGUCCUGUGUUUUCUGGAUUCUUUUGUUAACUGGGUGUGUUUUUAUACUGGCUAUAAUUGCGGUCUCACUGUCCAGCCCCUGGUCUAUUCGACCGCCAACGCAGCAAUAUUAACAAAAUGUGACUCCUCUUUUUUCCAGACAUGCCUCUUUGAAAUUCCUCCCCCUAAACGCCAAAAUGAACAUUUGUUAAACAAGAUAUUUUAUUUGUGUACAAUCAAUACUUUCUAGGUUGAGCUGGUAUAUCGUACAUGAUUGCACAUAGUGGUAUUUAAGAUGAUAAAUUAAAUUGUGUCAUGGAUUGAUGUAAUACUCUCUGCCUUCAUUCCUCACUCAGACCUGAAAAGUCCCAACACACCCCCAAGGGAACAAAAUAAAAAGUACCCAUUUUCAAAAA